GAUACAAUCCAUAAUAUAAUUCUUCUUUCAGUCAAAGCAAACCAUAAUGCUAUCCCCCUUUUAAGGGUCAAGCCAUCCCAAUUGCCAUCACUCCGGACUUCUGAAUCCAAGGAACCAGGGACACACUUCAUAGCACAGAGAUGGGCAGUGAUCAGAUAAACAACCCACUUGAGCCUUUGGCCAUGAAUGGCGGAGAUGGACGAUACAGCUACUCCCAAAAUUCCACCGUGCAGAAAAGGGGAAUAGAGUGUGUUAAAGAUUUGAUCACUGAAGGGAUUGUGCAAAAACUUGACACACAGAGGUUUCUUUCACCAAUUUCGCAGAAAAAAAUUUUCAUCGCUGACUUGGGAUGUGCUAUGGGGCCUAACACUUUCAUUGCAGUGCAAAAUAUCAUAGAUUCUGUGAAGCAGAGAUUUCAGUCUGAUGGGAUCGAUUCAGGCUCUACUGAAUUUCAUGUCUUUUUCAACGAUCAUGUUGUCAAUGAUUUCAACACCCUUUUCAUUUCCAUGCCAUCUGACAAAGAAUACUUUGCGGCUGGUGUGCCUGGGUCUUUCCAGAAUCGGCUGUUUCCCAAGGCCAGUCUUGAUGUAAUCCACUCCUCUUACUCGCUCCAGUGGCUCUCAAAGCUGCCGAACGAGCUGACAGAUAAACAAUCGCCGGCGUGGAAUAAAGGGAAAGUUUAUUAUCCAACCUCGGCCAAGGCAGUGGUGGAAGCUUAUAGAGGGCAAUUCAGAAAGGACAUGGAGUCGUUUUUGAGUUGCAGAGCUUUAGAAAUUGUUUCUGGGGGUCUCAUGGCUCUGCUAAUCCCAAGUGUUCCAGAUCCUCAUUGCAAGUGUGUUAUAACUUCAGUUUUUGACCUUCUGGGAUCUGCUCUCAUGGAUUUAGCAGGCCAGGGAUUGGUUGAUGAAGAUAAAGUGGACAAUUUCAACUUGCCAAUCUACAUCCCGACCCCAGAUGAGAUAGUCUCUUUAAUUGAGAACAAUGGCGACUUCAUCAUUGAGAAGAUGGAUCCAUUGUUGGCUCACCAGGUCACUGAUCCAGACACCAUGGCCAUGCAUUUGAGAGCUGGCAUGGAGAGCAACAUUCGGGAGAACUUUGGAGCAGAGAUCGUUGAACAAGUUUUUGAUAAAUUCAAAGAGAAAAUUGCAGAGUCUAAAGUCCUCAUUGAUCCCAUCUACAAAAGAACAUAUGGAUUAUUUGUUCUUCUUAAGCGUAAACCUUACUAGAAAUUUGAAUUAAUGUGUAAUGGCACAGCCAAAAAAUAGUAGUUUUCAUAAUCUUAAUGUAAUAAUGUCAGUGAUUUUUGUUAGUAAAAUUUGGCUUGCAACAGGAUAAGGGCCAAGCAAAACUUUGGGGACUA